AUGAGAGGACGCCCGCCCUCAGUGGGCAAGUACGUCGGCCUCAAGAAAGCCCAGUUGGAGCGUGACAGGCUUCAACGGGAAGCCGCGCGGAAAGACGCAGAGAAGGAGCUGGAGGACCAGCUGCAAUUUAUCAAGUCGCCGGUCCCCCCCAGAGUAUCAGACACCGAAGAGGAUCGUCCAGUACUGAAGGAAGACCUCCGCACUUCCCAGAAGGCGCUUAACUGGGUCACGGACAAGAUCGUGAAGUACGUGGAACAGCCUGAGUCCGCUGUCAUCGCGCGCCUCGAGGAGGAAAUAAAGAAGUGGCAGGAACACAACCUGGAGGCGUCCGCCAAACAAGUCAUCGACGGAGGAGAUGCUGGCGAUGGUGGAAGCGAGGGUCCAAGCCAGGCUGGAGUCGGCCUGAUGGGGCCCAAAGGCCACCCUCGCCCACGAAAGAAGAACCGCCACCGGGGACACACAACUCCCGUGACGAGCGGAUACGUAGGAGGGGCGCCGAACCCAAACCGGCCAAAGGCAAGGGAAAAGGAAAGAAGGGAGCAGCCCACUCCGCUCCCGCUCCCGCCCCCCUCCCUGCUCCAGUCGCUGGGCCCUCCAGCGCGCCGCCACAACCCGUCGCGGGUCCCUCCACGGCCCUCGGCGACUCACGACGGCAUCGACGGCGAAGACCCAGGACCGAAGGAGAGAGACGCCGAAACAAAAGCCCCCAAAAGGGCAAGAAGAACGGACCGCCUCAGCCCAACCCGCUCCAGAGCCCCGCGUGCCGCCAGCCCGGCUAACGUGGACACGCCGUGGGUCGAGGUGGUCAGAAGAAAGAAGAAGGGGAAGCCGGCAGCAGCGCCAACAAACAGCACGCACCCGCCGAAACCGACGCGCCGGAAGGAGCCAACACCGCGGCCGCCCCGCACUGCGGCCGUAGUCAUCUCUCACACCAGCAGCAAUUGCGAAGGGCCUAACACAAGAGCGUCCUGA